CGUGACGGAACGACGAGGCGUGGGGGUGCGCGACCUCGCCCGCCCGGCCCGGCCCCCGCCCCUUGGCCUGCCGCUCCGCCCCCGCGGGGCGUCCCGGGCCGCUAGUCCCCUCAGCGGCGGCCGCACGCGGCCCGGGGUCGCCGUGAGUACUCGCGAGGCCGGCCUGUGGGGCGGCCGCCACGGGGACGGGGCGGGGCGGCCGGGCCGCGGGAAGGGUGCGGGGCCCGCCCCGCCUCGGCCGGGGUGGAUGAACAGAAACCAAGCAGCAACAGCCCUUGGCGAGAGGCUAAGUUUUUCUCGACUUCUACGGUGACAAAGACCUUGAGAAAGUUGGUACUUCUGGCCUACGCUGCCAACGUCCUACCACCCAGCCCAAGACAGCCCAAGCUGGACAUUAGUGCCUCCCUCUUUAUUCCUCUGUGAUCAUCCAGAUCAGCACCUGACUGUUUAUUUUCAAAUCUCACAAACCCGGCUCAGCCCUCAGAUCUUCAUAAUUUUGGUUCUCAGCUGCUCUUGAAGGACAGUGACUUGUUACCACCACUACAGCAGAGCCUGACAUCCCCAGCAGAUCUCCAGUCAGCCCCUGACAUCACCCCCUCCCUUGUCUCCCUCUGUGGCCUCCUAAAUGCCCAUCCCGUUGGCCUGGGUUCAGCUGGUGGUAUGGAGGGGUGCUGCCUAGCACUGACCUGGGAGUGUGUGUGACCCACUGACCCAAUGGACAUCAAAGGCCAGUUCUGGAAUGAUGAUGAUUCGGAGGGAGAUAAUGAAUCAGAGGAAUUUCUCUAUGGAGUUCAGGGGAGCUGUGCAGCCGACCUGUAUCGACACCCCCAGCUUGAUGCAGACAUUGAAGCCGUGAAGGAGAUCUACAGUGAGAACUCUGUAUCCAUCAGAGAAUAUGGAACUAUCGAUGACGUGGACAUUGACCUCCACAUCAACAUCAGCUUCCUCGAUGAGGAAGUCUCUACAGCCUGGAAGGUCCUCCGAACAGAACCUAUUGUGUUGCGGCUGCGGUUUUCUCUCUCCCAGUACCUCGAUGGACCAGAACCAUCAAUUGAGGUUUUCCAGCCAUCGAAUAAAGAAGGAUUUGGGCUGGGUCUUCAGUUGAAAAAGAUCCUGGGUAUGUUCACUUCCCAACAAUGGAAACAUCUCAGCAAUGAUUUCUUGAAGACCCAGCAGGAAAAGAGGCACAGUUGGUUCAAGGCAAGUGGUACCAUCAAGAAGUUCCGAGCUGGCCUCAGCAUCUUCUCGCCCAUCCCCAAGUCUCCCAGUUUCCCUAUCAUACAGGACUCCAUGCUGAAAGGCAAACUGGGUGUACCAGAGCUUCGAGUUGGGCGCCUCAUGAACCGUUCCAUCUCCUGCACCAUGAAGAACCCCAAAGUGGAGGUGUUUGGCUACCCUCCCAGCCCCCAGGCAGGUCUCCUGUGCCCCCAGCACGUGGGCCUCCCUCCCCCAGCACGGACCUCUCCUUUGGUCAGUGGUCACUGCAAGAACAUCCCCACUCUGGAAUAUGGAUUCCUUGUCCAGAUCAUGAAGUAUGCAGAACAGAGGAUUCCAACGUUGAAUGAAUAUUGUGUGGUGUGUGAUGAGCAGCAUGUCUUCCAGAAUGGAUCCAUGCUCAAGCCAGCUGUCUGUACUCGUGAGCUGUGUGUUUUCUCCUUCUACACGCUGGGAGUCAUGUCUGGAGCUGCAGAGGAGGUCGCCACUGGAGCAGAGGUGGUGGAUCUGCUGGUGGCCAUGUGUAGGGCAGCUUUGGAAUCCCCUAGAAAGAGCAUCAUCUUUGAGCCUUAUCCCUCUGUGGUGGACCCCACUGAUCCCAAGACUCUGGCCUUUAACCCCAAGAAGAAGAAUUAUGAACGACUUCAGAAAGCUCUGGAUAGUGUGAUGUCCAUCCGGGAGAUGACCCAGGGCUCAUACCUAGAAAUUAAGAAGCAGAUGGACAAGCUGGAUCCCUUGGCCCAUCCUCUCUUGCAGUGGAUCAUCUCUAGCAACAGGUCACACAUUGUCAAACUACCUCUCAGCAGGCAGCUGAAGUUCAUGCACACCUCACACCAGUUCCUCCUGCUGAGCAGCCCUCCUGCCAAGGAGGCUCGGUUCCGGACCGCCAAGAAGCUCUAUGGCAGCACCUUUGCCUUCCAUGGGUCCCACAUUGAGAACUGGCAUUCAAUCCUGCGCAAUGGGCUGGUCAAUGCAUCCUACACCAAACUGCAGCUGCAUGGAGCAGCCUAUGGCAAAGGCAUCUACCUGAGCCCCAUCUCCAGUAUUUCCUUUGGAUACUCAGGAAUGGGAAAAGGACAGCACAGGAUGCCCUCCAAGGAUGAGCUGGUCCAGAGAUAUAACAGGAUGAAUACCAUCCCCCAGACCCGAUCCAUUCAGUCGAGGUUCCUGCAGAGUCGGAAUCUAAACUGUAUAGCACUUUGUGAAGUGAUUACAUCUAAGGACCUCCAGAAGCAUGGGAACAUCUGGGUGUGCCCUGUGUCUGACCAUGUCUGCACACGGUUCUUCUUUGUAUAUGAGGAUGGUCAGGUGGGCGAUGCCAACAUUAAUACUCAGGACCCCAAGAUACAGAAGGAAAUCAUGCGUGUGAUCGGAACUCAGGUUUACACAAACUGAGGGGGCCCCAGCCCUCGUACCACCCCUGUUCCCCCAGGAUCCAUCUGCCCUCAUACAAGGGCUCAGGAGCAGCGUGCGAGGCUGCCCUGAGGAAUCAAGGGGCCAUUACCAAGGGGCAGGAAAAGGAUAGAAGAGGCGGCCUUCAUGGUGGAGACUGACCCAGGAACCACUCCACAUUUGGAUGGCCCAGACUGACUCCCUACUCCUGAUUUUCCCAGUUGACUUCACCCUGUUUGUAAAUAAAACAAUAAAAUGGAAGGUGCUGUGGACUGGA